AUGAAUUCUGAAAAUUCCGGUAUUAUUCGUGUACCUACUCACAGACCACACCCAGUUUUGCCAUUAUGGGGAAAUUAUGCGGUACCGUGGCUCGAUGUACGCCGAGAUAGAUUUGGAGUAGUAAGAAGGGUUGGUCACCCCUAUCAAAACAGAACACCACCAAAGAGGAAAAAGCCGAGAACAUCAUUUUCACGUCUACAGAUAAUGGAAUUGGAGAAAAGGUUUCACAGACAGAAAUAUUUAGCUUCAGCAGAAAGAUCGAGUCUCGCCAAAACGCUAAAAAUGACAGAUGCUCAAGUCAAGACGUGGUUUCAGAAUCGUCGUACAAAAUGGAGGCGACAAACGGCAGAGGAAAGAGAGGCUGAACGGCAAGCUGCUAAUCGUUUGAUGAUGAGUUUACAAGCAGAAGCCAGUAAUACUCUGUAUGAUAUGAGAGACCCUUUAUGCAUGAGUAACACCUCCCUCCAUGCUCUACGCAACAUCCAACCAUGGGUUGAGGAAUCCACAAGAAACUCAAGUUAA